CAGAACCGAAAGAAAAAAACAAAAAAACUCAGAAGUCGCAACAGAAACGAAACGAGAUAUGGGUGUAGGCGGCGGAGGAGGAGGAGGAGAUCAGAGGAGAGGCGGUGGAGAAAUGAUGGCGAUGGCUAGUAUGUUCAACGAUCAGCAGAAUCCAAUUCAGCAGUUCCAGGUUAAAUUCAAGGAAGUAGAAACUAAUUUCAAGACUUGGCUGUCGAAGCAGUCGAUUCCGGUGGAAGCCGCCGUCGUCUCAACCAUGAGCGGUGUACAAGGAGCUUUCAUUGGUGGUCUCAUGGGAACACUCUCUCCUGAAAUGCCCCAGGCCGGCGUUGACCCUCAAGCUAUAGCUUCGAUGAAGCAAGCUCAGGCACUUGUGGGUGGACCUUGGGUCCAAGCUCGGAAUUUUGCUGCCAUAACCGGUGUUAAUGCUGGAAUUGCUUCCGUCAUGAAGCGGAUUAGAGGCAAAGAGGAUAUUGAGUCUGCAGUGGUGGCAGCAUUAGGAUCUGGAUUUGCGUACUCAUUGGUGAGCCAAGGUUUGCAAGGACAGCCCAUGAACGCAAUCACCACCGCCGCUGGUUUUGCUGUUUUCCAAGGGAUUUUUUUCAAGUUGGGAGAAAGAUUCUCUAAACCGAGCUCCGAGGAUCCGUUUUACACACGAGGAAGAACUAUGCUUGUGCAGCUUGGUCUAGAAAAAUACGAGAAGAACUUCAAGAAAGGACUUUUAACAGAUCCCACAUUACCAUUGCUAACUGAUAGCGCGCUAAGAGAUGUGAGCAUCCCACCAGGGCCAAGACUUAUGAUCCUAGACCAUAUCCAGAGGGACCCGGAGAUGAAGGGCAAACGAAAGUAGCCACUGAGGCUUUUGUUUAGAGAUGGUCAUCGCAAAAAUCUAUCUGUUUUGAUGGUACAAAAUCUUCGAACAGAAAAUGUAAUGUCUUUUUCAUUUUUAGAUGCUCAUGCUAGGAAGAACUCUUGUUGGAUUCUUCGGCUACUACUAGCAAUGUUUGAUUCUCUUUAAAAUUUGUGAUAAAUCGAAAUGGAUUAUAGGUUCUGAAUAA